UUUAACGAGGAAGCGCUCACAGAGAAUGAAAACAUUCACGAAUAAUGAAUUGCCUCCAUACACCAGCUGACUUUACGUUCACAGGUUAUCCCGACAUAGGAACUAAGGGGAAAAGGUUAACGUAAUGACUUCGUCAAGGACAGAGCUUGAUUUGCAGGGUCAGUCUGUAAAACCAGCCACACGAGAAACGUUUGGUAUUAGCGUGCUUUAAUUAUGUUUCCAUUUAUCUAUCGUGGGAUAUGGAGAUCGGCCGUCCACACACUUAGGAUAAGCAGAGGAACUCCACUGUGCAAACCACUGUCCACCUGUGAUGGAGUCCCAGCUGGACUGGCUGAUGCUGACACCAUCUUUGCAUUGUCAUCGGGCCAUGGCAGGUGUGGGGUGGCUGUGGUACGAGUCAGUGGUCCAGCAUCGGCUACAGCACUGAGGCGUAUGGCCGGCCUCACACACAGCCUACCUCCUCCACGCACUGCCCUGUUACGCAGCAUCACAGACGCCCAAGCCAAAGAAGUGUUGGAUCGUGGACUUGUCCUCUGGUUCCCAGCUCCUCACAGUUUCACAGGAGAGGACAGUGUGGAGUUCCACAUCCAUGGUGGCCCUGCUGUCAUUACUGCUGUCCUACAGGCUCUAGGAAGUGUGCCUGGCAUGAGGCCUGCUGAAGCCGGAGAGUUCACGCGGAGGGCCUUUCAAGCAGGGAAACUGGGUUUAACAGAGGUGGAGGGACUUGGGGAUCUGAUCCACGCUGAGACAGAAGCCCAGAGGAGACAGGCUCUCAGGCAGAUGUCAGGAGAACUGGGACGCCUCUACCAGGACUGGAGCCACAAACUGAAACGGUGUCUGGCUCAUGUGGAGGCCUUCAUUGACUUCAGCGAGGAUGAGCUCAUUGAGGACGGGGUCUUAAACCAAGUCGACAGAUCGGUGUGCGAUUUACAGGCAGAGAUGGAGCGACACCUAAAAGAUGAGAGGAAGGGUGAGCGGCUUCGCAGCGGAGUUCAGGUGGUCAUCGCAGGAGCUACUAACGCAGGGAAAAGUAGCCUACUGAACACACUCUGCCAGAGACCUGCUGCCAUUGUGUCUCCCAUUGCUGGGACCACCAGGGACGUAGUGGAGACAGCAUUGGACAUCGGUGGUUUCCCUGUCCUCCUAAGUGACACAGCCGGCCUCAGAGACAGCUCGGACCUGGUGGAGAGAGAGGGGGUCCGCCGAGCUCGGGAAAGGGUGGAGCAGGCAGAUCUGACCCUGGUGGUUGUGGACAGUGCUCAUCUCCCCACUGAUGCUCAGCAGGCUGCAGCCUUCCUUCAGGGACACCUGAGGAGUGUGCUGGCCACCGAGGAGCAGCCUGAGACAGUAUUUCCUGCGGACAGGUAUCUCCUGGUGCUGAAUAAGACUGACCUGCUGCCAGAUGAUCAGAGACAGAAGCUGGACAGGGAGUUGAGACAGGUGUCUGAACUUCCUCCUGUCUGUCUGAUCUCCUGUCACACUGAUGAAGGACUGCAGGACUUCCUCACAGUGCUGCACAGCAGUGUCAAAACUCUGUGUGGCGACCCUCUGUCUGGUGCCCCCACCCUGACCCAGGCCCGCCACAGGGCCCACCUGCAGCAGUGUGUGGCAGCCCUGGCUCAGUACCAGCGAUACCGUGACACCGACCUCGCUCUGGCAGCUGAGGGUGUCCGGUUGGCUCUCACCAGCCUGGGCCGGAUCACUGGACGGGUUGGGGCAGAGGAGAUCCUGGAUAUCAUCUUCAAAGACUUCUGCAUUGGAAAAUAAUCAGAUGAGUUGGAGUGAAAACAUGCAAUCCAUGUGAUAAUAGCCUGCUUGGAGAGGAAAGCUGCGCUCUUGUUCCAUCCCAGAGUAUCAGUAAAGAAAGCGGGACAAAAGGGCACAGCCUCGGCACUGCGCCAGGCUUCUAGGCACAGCCACAUUAAAAAGAAUAAUAUUCGUGUUCUUGGCUACAGAAUGCCUUUGCUCCCAAGACACAAACAUGCUUGUUUUCUGUUGAUGCUUUUUAACAAACUGAAAUAGUUUAAGCGUGACGACAGGUGCCUCAGAGGCCCCAUAUGCUGGACAAGUGUUUGGCAAGUCUUGAGUCGUAAUUUAAAAAUAGACAUUGAAACCCUUUGAUAGGUGGGUAUUGGGCUCUUGGGUUGCAACAUAACAACCAAGAUCAUUUAAGAUAAAGCCAGCUGCAGACCUCUGCAAGGUCACGGACUCAAAGUUUUGAUGUUUACUUGUACUGCAGGACAAUGAACAAUUUUUUUUUUUUUUGGGAGCAGGUCUCAUUUCAGUCGUACCCCUCUGUGUGUCGAUGUGUUUGCACAUGUGGUCACACAGUGUCACCUGAAACUUGUUGCGAUAACUCAAAAUCCAUGUAUAAUUUUGAUAAGAAAUUGUAUUACUCUAAAUGUGUUAUUUGUUAUUUUACUAUUUAAAAUUUGGACAGUUGUUUCACACAUAAUGAAUACAUGUCACAUUGGAUCUUUGAUGUGAAACUAAUGGCAUAAUGUGUGUUUUUGUAACAAAUCAGAUUUAUUUUAUGGGCAGUUGGGGCCAGUGCAGCAAGCUGCAAUUUUACAAUGCAAUAUUAGCCAUUCUCACAAAGAUUGAAUUGGUGAGGUCUAAAUUCUUGCUACACAGUGGCUGGUUGUUAUUUAUUCCAUUGUGAAUGUCCAGCUCCCACCAUAAAGCAUAAUGGACAUACAGUGUGUAGAGAAAGUCAGAGCGACCCAGACCCCCUCUCUGCUCUGUGGGAAAGGUAUGCUUUUGGAGGCAAUGCGCUCUGUGCCCCUUUGUUCGCCUGUCAAUCUUGCCUCGAUCAAAUAUUUAUGUUUCCUUGUUGAACUCCUCACCCUUCUUCCCCAGUUGGUUUCUUGCCUCCCAGUCUCUGACGGCAUUUGUCCUGGUGUACACCAGCACAACUGCCCAUCUCCCUGUCUAUUCGUCUCUCUCCGCUCCGUCUCUGCUACCUGACCUUUCCUCUUUCCGCACUGCUCUGUCAGCCUUUUUGUCCUCUUUCAUGUGCUCCCUGAUUAAUUACAACACAGGGGGAGUUCGAGCUAAAAGUGGUACUUGCUGUCAUACAAAUUAGAGGUAGUAAAUUUUGGGUCCUGGUUCAUCUUUAGUGCCCGUGUGUAAUGUCCUUUAUAUAGCAAUGUUUACCACAACUGUGAAAAUCCAUUGGACACUAACUCCCAAUGCAAUCCUAGUUUUGCAUAUUGAUACCUAGAAUAUACUUUUUUGAUACCUAUUAUUUAUAGCGUUGCUUGCUAGCAGCUUGGCUUUAUGAAUGGUGAAAUAUCUCAACAACUAACAGAUGGACUGACAUUAAAUUUUACACUCACAGUCCCGCAAACAUGAAUUUAGUUAACUUUUAUGAUUCCCUUUUUGUCUAACACCAGGUGAAAAUUUUAAACUGUCCAAUAUUUUUUAUUUGCAGCUGAAUACCUGCAAAACUAAUGACAUUCUCCCCUUAUUAGCAAGUGUUAGCAUGAUAAACAUGAAAUACAUGCUUAACAUCAGCAUUAGUUAGCAUUGUCUAUGUGAGCAUGUGAGCAUGUAGUGUAGGACAGCCAUACAGAGCCACUAGCAUGGCUUUAAGCUAUUGUUAUACAAAACAGAGGAGCCAGCAAGAGCUUUUCCUAAUUGAAAUAUUUAAUAAAAUGAGCAAAUCUGGAACAAUCUAAUCAAAUAAUUAGUAAACAAGAGUAUAAAUGUGACCAGAUAUUCAAUGCAAUCUCCAAUCCAAUAUAUGUUGGAUAUACAAUUCAAUAAAAAAGCACUUCAGAUGCAGUGCAUGCAAUAACUGUUGAAACGUUUCACCAAAAACCACAAAUGUCAACUUGAUGGUAGCUUGAGGAAAAGCCAGUUGAUCUACAAAGUCAGUAGGAUUAAUUCUCUGGAGAACGUGAAUGUCUGUACAAGAUGUGGAAUUUCAUUUAAUAGUUGUUGAGAUUUCAGUGUGGACCGACCGACCAACAUUGUCACCCAUAGAACCAUGCAGCUAGCGGAGCUAAAAUAAGCUUAAAUGUAAUAAAAACUAAACAUGAGUAAAAUAUUAUUUGAUGAAUGUGGAAAAAAAAGGGCCAAAUGUAACUCAAUAAAGGGCUGUGGCGAACAGAAAUGUUUUAAGAAUUUUAAGUCUGACAAUAUUAAUUAUUUGAUUAUGAGAAUAAUCAAUUCGUAUUUAAAUUAAUAAAAUAAAUGAACUUUGAA